AUGCCAGUGGUUGUCACAGUUGUAGUGGCGGUGAUUGUGGAGGUUGGUGUCACUGUGGUAGAGGCUGUCGUUGUCGCAGUGGUAGUGAUAGUAACAGGUGGCUUGCUGGUAGUUGUCACUGUUGUAGUGGCGGUGAUAGUAGAGGCUGGUGUCACUGUGGUAGAGGCUGUCGUCGUCGCAGUGGUAGUUAUAGUCAGAGGUGGUUUGCCAGUAGUUGUCACUGUGGUAGUAGCAGUGAUUGUAGAGGUUGGUGUCACUGUGGUAGAGGCUGUAGUUGUCACAGUGGUAGUAAUAGUCAAUGGUGGCUUGCCAGUAGUUGUCACCGUGGUGGUGGCGGUGAUUGUUGACGUGGGAGUCACCGUAGUUGUGGCGGUGGUGGACGCAGUGGUGGUGAUAGUAGAAGGAUUGACUGUUGUUGUAGCGGUAGUUGAAGCAGAGGUAGUGGCAGUGGUGGACGAGGUUGGAAUACUUGUGGUCGAGACAGUUGUUGAUGCGGUGGUCGUAGCGGUCGAGCCAGUUGCUCCAGCAACAGUUGAUACUGUAGUGCUUGCAGUAGUCGUAACAGUGGUUGAUGCCAAAGUUGUCACUGCUGGGCUAGUUGUCGACACAGUUGUGGAGGAGGUACCGGCUGUCGUGGUCACCGUGGUAGUGGCAGUUAUUGUGGAGACAGGUCCAGUAGUAGUAGCCGUGGUCGUAACAGUGGUGGAUGAUACAGAAGACGAGGGGGCACUAGUGCUGGCAGUCGACACAGUGGUCGUUGCAACCGUGCUUACAACAGUGCUGCUUGUAGACACGGUGGUGGUUGCGACGGUGCUGACAACGGUGCUUGCAGUGGAUACUGUACCAGAUGUAGGCAAUAGACAUUUGGGUUGGCCAAGGGAAUCAACGGUACAUGUUGAACCAAGGGAACAUGUUUUGAAAGUGCAUACAGAGAUACACUUGGGAGACACAUAUACAGAAGGAUGGCAACACACUUGUCCAAAAGGACAUUGA